CGGAUAUUGGUGUAGUAGACACGUCUUUAAAUAUGAAUUUCAAGAAAAUUUUAUUAUCCCUAAUAUUUCAAAAUAAUAGAAGUUAUUUAUUAAAAUCUAUGUGCAAAUGUUACUUUUUAUGAAAGAGGAUAUUUUAUUCUAAAAUUAUUAUGAUUUGUUGGAUAUGAAUGAGCAAACAAGGCAAGCAACAGAGUCAGAAUUGAUGAAACGUAAAACGGAGUGCGAUCGUGAUAAAAAAGUGUUAAGCCGUGCGGUAAAUAAUUAUAUUUAGAUUUUCGUGAUUAACAUUCAUUCCACUUAAAGAAUAUUUCAAUUAUAAACGAUACAAAGCGCGGAUCUAAGUAUAUCUGGAAUAUUUUAUGAAUUUAUUUUCGUUGUAAUAAUAAACACUAUCUACUUUAUUCCGGCGCUGUUUAUAUAAAAAAACAGUUUAUCUUUAAUUUUCGGUAACGAUGGAACCUAUAAAAAGUCCCAAUAAAAAGAAAGGCGGUUUAGGAAGUUUGUUAAAUGAAAAAGUGAUUAGACCACCUACAUUUGUGUCCCCUAUAUUGGAACAAGUUGGAAAAUUGGCCGCCAGCGUCGCUAGUGUUGGGGAAUUAUCGAGUAAAGGAUCCGCAACAGGCAAUCCCCGUAAUAAAUGCGCCCUUCAACCUGGACAUUCCCUCAUGGACUGGAUCCGGCUCGGGGCGUCCGGCAAGGAUCUUACUGGACUUGGGUCUCAGGCUGGUCACCUUUUCGUGACAAAAAAGGAGUUAGCAAAACAUAAUAAAAUAGAUGACAUUUGGCUGUCAAUUCGAGGCAGAGUAUACAACGUGACUGAAUACAUACCAUUCCAUCCAGGAGGUCCUGAAGAACUGAUGAGAGCGGCCGGUAUAGACGCUACCAGCCUUUUUGAUCAGGUUCAUCCUUGGGUAAAUUAUGAACAAAUAUUGCAAAAAUGCCUCGUAGGAAAAUUAGUCUCUGUUGAACCUAAUGUCAACACUGAGAAGUUAUUUUUUGGUUCACCCACUGAUACUAAAAUUACCACUGCAGAAGAAUUGGUAGAAAAAAGUAGUUACACUAAAAGCACAGAAAAUUUGGAACCUUAUCCGAAAAUAGACACAAAUAAAAACCAAGACACUGAAAAUAAAAAUAUCGACGAAACAGCUGUUCAAGAUUCCAAAGAAGAAAAAGAAGAUAUCCCAAUUUCGUUGCCUAGAUUCGAUUGGAUACAAAAAUUGGAUUACAUCACCUCAAUUUUCUACACGGGACCGUUCUCGAAUCCUUUUAUAGAAAUUUAUCCUCCGAACCAUGAAAAAGAAAUAAUCGUUUCUAUUACCUCGGGAAGGAAGAUAUACAGAAACGAAUUGGUCUUCAACGAAGACAUUCAGUGGCCUUGUUCUGUGAAGAUGAUAUGGGAAACCGGAAAACUCGAGUUGGUCUUCAAGAAAACCGCUAGUAAAGUGUGGGAAAAUUACGGAAAAUUAACGCAAAGUUCUAUAGACGCGCCUAGCAAUACAGUUAAAUUGGAUUUCAGUUUAAAAAGGAAACAGCAAGUGAAUCACAAUAUUUACCUGCUGGGUUUAGAAAGGAGAGAUGAAUGUAAAAUGGUUGUUCCGAUUGGAAGGCAUGUCAGGCUGUUUGUUAAUGUUGAUGGACUAGAACAGUCUCGAAGUUACACACCCGUCCCGUCCAGUCUCUUCGAUACAGUGUUAUUGAACGACUACGCUCCCGAUGAAAUUUGCCUUAUGAUCAAAAGAUACGAAACCGGUGCCGUUAGUUCGACGGUUACGAGCAGAGAACCCGAAGAAUUGGUUUGGUUGAGUAAACCUUUAGGUGAUUUCGACCUGAAGAGGAUAGAAAAGAGGGAAGCGUUUCUGCUGCUGGCGGCCGGUACAGGAAUCACGCCUAUGUUGUCGCUGUUGCUGUUUUUGUUGGAGAGAAGGGUUAAAAAAUGCCAAUUCGCCAGAUUACUAUUCUUCAAUAGAACGAGUGAAGAUAUACCAUUUAAAAAUCAGUUUGAUUUGUUAGAAAAUGGAGAUUCUAGAUUAAAAAUUGACCACAUCUUAUCCGAGCCAGAACCAGACUGGAAAGGUCUCUCUGGUCACGUAAACAAAGACAUGAUCCACAGCGCCAUCCAGGAACACAUCAAGGACACCGGUUACACGAUACGCGACAUCUUCGUCUUCGUUUGCGGACCGAACCAGUUUCUGAAUCUGUCGCUCGACGAGUUGAACAGCAUCGACGUGUCUAACGACCAAAUUCACGUGUUUAGCGGAUAGCACACGGCACUAGACCAGCAAGAACCUUUCCUAUUCUGCGAUAUUGAUAUUAAUGAUAAUGAACCACUUUCCACUGUUGUUAGAAACGUUUCCGAUUUCGUUUUCGACGUUUUCAAUUUUAUUGGGCAAAGGUGCCGGUAGAUAUAAAGUUGUUUUAUUGA